AGACAAAUCACUAUGUGCACCUUUUCCACUAAUGGCUACCGGCAACACUACACAGACCGAUCCUCCUGAGAACAGGACUCCUGUCUUUCAAUUGGACACAUGAAGGAACAGUUAUUGGAUCAUCAUUUUCUGUGAAAUCUAAACAAUAGUGAAAACACUUUUGCUUUCUUAUUUUUUGGGUGGUACAGUCUGUCAUCAUUCUGUUAAUCAGGAUCGACCGUUUGGUGAGACAGACCAACCGACCAACUCGCCCUUUGGCGCGUAAGGAUAAAUACACACCUUCCAACCAAUAAAACGCCCAGUAGGCGAAACAAAAGCGCAAGUCGUGCCCUCCUAGCCGACCAGUAGUGAUUGGUGAAGUUUUCAGAACCACGAACCAGAGAACAGAGACAGUCACAGACUCGAGCGACAAUAGUAUAACCAUGGAGCCAUCCACUGCCCCCCGUGAUGAACCGGCUGAUUUCGAGUUGUACUCGGUGAUUCCAUCCAAUGUCACCUACCCGGACGACGAGAUGGGGUUCGAGCCCAACGGAGGAAACUACACCCAUCAGCUCCCGGUUCAGAGCGCCUCCAAUAUUAUAGUAGCCAUCUCCAUCACGGCGCUCUACUCCGUUAUCUGCGUGGUGGGAUUGCUCGGGAAUGUCCUUGUGAUGUACGGUGUGGUGAGAUACACCAAGAUGAAGACAUCCACCAACAUCUACAUCUUUAACCUGGCUCUAGCGGAUGCCCUAGCCACUAGCACACUGCCCUUCCAGAGCGCCAAGUACCUGAUGGGGACCUGGGCCUUCGGAGAGGUCCUCUGUAAGGUGGUCAUCGCCAUCGACUACUACAACAUGUUCACCAGCAUCUUCACCCUGACCAUGAUGUCUGUGGACCGCUACAUCGCUGUGUGCCACCCAGUGAGAGCCCUGGAGUUCAGGACGCCUGCCAAGGGUAAGAUCAUCAACGUUCUGAUCUGGGUUCUGUCCUCUGCCAUCGGAGUGCCCAUCAUGGUCAUGGCUGUGACCAAAACAACAGACAGUGGUCAGACUAUGUGCACGCUGAUGUUCCCUGACCCUGACUGGUACUGGGACACGGUCACUAAGAUCUGCGUGUUCAUCUUUGCCUUCAUCGUCCCUGUCAUGGUCAUCACCAUCUGCUAUGGUCUGAUGAUACUGCGUCUGCGCAGUGUCCGCCUGCUCUCUGGCUCUAAGGAGAAGGAUCGCAACAUGCGCCGCAUCACCCGCAUGGUCCUCGUGAUCGUUGCGGCCUUCAUCAUCUGCUGGACACCCAUCCACAUCUUCAUCAUCAUCAAGACCCUGGUGGAGAUCAACUCUAGGAACCCCUACGUGAAAGCCAGUUGGCACCUCUGCAUUGCGCUGGGCUACAUGAACAGUAGUCUCAAUCCCGUUCUCUACGCUUUCCUGGACGAGAACUUCAAGAGGUGCUUCCGAGACUUCUGCCUGCCCUGCCGGACCCGCGUAGAACGCAACUCUCUCAACAGGGGUCGGAAUGCCAACAGGGAACCUGUGUCAGUCUGCGCUCCGACUGUAGCUGGGAAGGAAAGGAAGCCUGUAUGACUAGGCAUGGACCAGAUCCCUUGUGGUUCUGGUUCUCAAUCCAGGAGGGCCCAGCAAGACUUGCAGUCUGAGGUCACCCAGAUAUCCACAACAGAGUUCUGACAGGAUAAACAAUGAUUUAGUGAGACUCACAGAGUUGUCAGUAAAGAGGGGUCCAAACCACACCAUAGGUUUUUGAUAUUCAUCCCAGUGAGAUUUAGGAAUGUUCUUUAUUGUUGCUCAGAAGGAGACAGAUUCAAUGUUUCACCAUAAAUCGUUUUCCGCUAUCCAGAGACAAUCUGUGACGGUGCCAGGGCUUUUUGAGUAGCGCAUUUCUGGUUUGUAACAAAUCGAUGUCUGGCUGCAGAGAGAAUACACAGGAUGUUGUCAAGGACAGUGGACCAAAGAAUGCCACAUGGUUUCAUCAAUUAGUCAUCUUUGUUUGUGACUGAUGACAAGCUGCACAAAUAUGGGACUGGGGAUGUUUUUAAAAUAUAGGCAACAGGGUAAGGGAAACCACCAAAUGAGUAGAAACAGUGCAUUCGGUAACUAUUCAGACCCCUUUUCUGCAUUUGUUAUGUUACUGCCUUCUUCUAAAAUGUAUUCAAUUACAGCCUCAAGUCUUCUUGGGUAUGGCGCUAUAAGCUUGGCACAUCUGUAUUUGGGGAGUUUUUCCCCUUUUCUCUGCAGAUCCUCUCAAGCUCUGUCAGGUUGGAUGGGGAGCGUCACUGCACAUGUAUUUUCAGGUUUUUCCGGAGAUGUUUGAUUGGGUUUAAGUCCGGACUCUGGCUGGGCCACUCAAGGACAUUCAGAGACUUGUCCCAAAGCCAGUCCUGCGUUGUCUUGGCUGUGUGGUUAGCGUCGUUGUCCUGAUGGAAGGUGAACCUUGACCUCAGUCUGAGGUUCUGAGCCCUCUUGAGCAGGUUUUCAUCAAGGAUCUCUCUAUACUUUGCUCCAUUCAUCUUUCCCUUGAUUCUGACUAGUCUCCCUGUCCCUGCUGCUGAAAAACAUCCCGACAGCAUGAUGUUGCCACCACCGUAUUUCACCCUAGGGAUGUUGCCAGGUUUACCCGAGACGUGACGCUUGGUAUUCAGGCCAAAGAGUUCAAUUUUGUGGUUUCUCAUGGUCUGAGAGUCUUUAGGCGUCUUUUGGAAACUCCAAGCUGGCUGUCAUGUGUCUAUUACUGAGGAGUGGCUUCCGUCUGGCCACUACCAUAAAGGCCUGAUUGGUGGAGUAUUGCAGAGAUGGUUGUCCUUCUGGAAGGUUCUCCCAUCUCCACAGAGGAACUCUGGAGCUCUGUCAGAGUGACCAUCGGGUUCUUGUUCACCUCCCUGACCAAGGCCCUUCUCCCCCAAGUGUUCAGUUUGGCCGGGCGGCCAGCCAGCUUUAAGAAUAGCCUUGAUUGUUCCAAACAUCUUCCAUUUAAGAAUGAUGGAGGCCACUCUGUUCUUGGGGACCUCCAAUGCUGCUGCUGCAAAAAAUUAUACCUUUCCCCAGAUCUUUGCCUCAACACAAUCCUGUCUUGGAGCUCUACGGACAAUUCCUUUGACCUCAUGGCUUGGAUUUUUCUCUGACAUGCACUGUCAACUGUGUGACCUUAUACAGACAGGUGUGUGCCUUUCCAAAUCAUGUCAAAUCAACUGAAUUUACCACAAGUGGACUCCAAUAAAGUUGUAAAAACAUCUCAAUGAUGAUCAAUGGAAAGGGUCUGAAUACUUAUGUAAAUAACGUUUUUCUGUUUUAAAAUUGUAAUACAUUUGCAAAAAUAUUAAAAAAAACUGUUUUUGCUUUGUCAUUAUGGGGUAUUGUGUGUAGAUUGAUGAGGACCAAAAAAAUAUUUUUAUACAUUUUAGAAAAAGGCUGUAACAAAAUGUGGAAAAGUCAAGGGGUCUGAAUACUUUCUGAAUGUGGACAUCUGAAAUAUGGACUUUUGGCACUGGAGGGAGAAGAGAAAACACCCAACACAGUUCGGUGAAAAUGACAGUUACAGCUAACGGACUUGGCAAAGAUUCCAAAUACUAAGCAGUGGUCGAUGUGUAUCUCAUGUACCAGAAACUGCAUCAUCCAUCUUGAAGUAGUGAAAAGGACAGACUUUAGUUUGGGUACAGUACACUGAGUGUGUGAUGUCAAUGCUCCUCACAGAAGCCUUGUGCUUUGACAAACUGAGAAAGUGGAGAAGCAUGAAUGUUCAACCUUGGUUGAUCUUCUUUCUAUUCCCUGGGAAGCAAGCACCUGUAAACUAACAUUGAUGAGGAACUUUAAAGAUUGCUGAGGCAUAUUCUAAGCAUCACACUUCUCUACUUCCAUAGAGUCAAAAUACGAUCUAAUGGGAAAAACAAAACUUUAUUUUCCACUUUCCCUUCUACUUCAAAACAAAAGGAAAAACAAUUACAUUUCACAUGCUAUGGAAGAAGAAGAAACUACAUAUUAUUUUUGACAGGUUGGAUGAUGGAUGAAAGCAUACUUUAGUGCAAAGCACUAGGGCACGAGACACAGAAACAAAAUGGGAAAAUGGGACUGAUAGCUAUGUGAUUCUGUAGCCAAAAUUAUUUUUUAUACUAUAUACUGUAAAUAAAAACAUUGCUUAGAGAGUUCCUUACUGACUGAAAAUACGCUCCGACACCGCCGUUGUUGUCAAAGUGAGAUAAUGUUAGAACACUCAAUAUUUUAUAUUUUAUGACAUUCGCAACAUGGAACAUUUCUACAUUGAAAUCUACCACAGAGCUCUGUACCUGCUUGUGCCCUAUAGCUGAGAAUCCAGGAGGGUUCAAACUACUGUACCAUAGCAUUUCCUAUCCAACGACACCUUGGCAGUCGGUUCCAAGCCUACUUUCAUGGGGAGGUUUUAUCGGUUGGAGCAGAGAGGUGGAAGGGACCACUGAGAGGAAUAACUAAAUAGUCAUAGACCACUGAUUGAUGUUGGAGAAGACGGAAGACGCUGGAGCUGCAUAGUCCAAUCUUGAUCUAGACUCUUUGUGAAUGCAUUACUACUCUGAUGAAUGUGAAAAUUGAACAACAACUGCAGAACCCUCACUGUGGACAGCAAAACAACUUUAAACUGGAAGAGUAUGGCGGCUUGUGAAACCGAAACCUCUUGAGAAUCACUGCGCAUUUAUAUAGCUGAACCAAGUGAGAUUUGAAUAGGACUCACUAUCUGUGUUACUGUGUAAUUGGAGAAAAACAUUGUGUUAUCUGUCAAAUAAAAUCUAUGGCAGAUUAAACUAUGCUUAAAUAAUAUUCUCUAUAUAGUGCACUACUUUUGAACACACAGUAGGUCCAUUCUGCUCUAGUCCAAAGUACACUCUUAGAAAAAAAGGUGAUAUCUAAAACCUACAAAGGGUUCUUUGGCUGUCCCCAAAGUAGAACCCUUUAAAUAACAAUUUCCGGUACCACGUCGAACCCUUUCCAUAGAGGGUUCUACAUAUGGAACCCAAAAGGGUUCUACCUUUUUGGGACAGCCAAAGAACCCUUUUGGAACCCUUUUUUAUAAGAAUGUAGUGCACUAUAGUGAAUAGGGAGCAAUUUGGCACGCAGGCUGUAUGAAACUGUGCAGUUGGAGAGAAACAUUGUGUCAUCAGUCUAGAUAAAUCUAUGGCAGAUUAGAGAGACUUAACUAUGGCAUUAAGUCAAGAUAAGAUUCCUAAAAUAGUUGAUCGCAGCGCUCAAUUAAACUUUGAGGGCAUCAAUCAAUGAUAGCCAUUAAGUUGAAAAUCACCCUUCGUAUUUCAUAGGCUAUAAUUUGAGUUUAUUAUAGGGUAUACAUUCUCCCGGUAACCUUGCAAAAAAUCAAUGCUGAUGAAAUAUCCAGCCUGUAAAUCCUGCCAUAGAUUGCAUCCCACAUGGCACCCUAUUCCCUAUAUAGUGCACUACAUGUGACCAAGUGGUGCACUAUGCAGGGAUUAGGGUACCAUUUCAGACGCAGUUAUAGGUUUGAAUGACCUUGGACACGAUGCUAUGUCACGAACCACUGUGACAAGCCCCAAAAUGGUGACGAAAGUUUUGUGAAUCAUUUUGCCAAAUGAUACUAGCUAGCACAAACUAAAAAAGAAAAUAUUAUAUAAUUACUGCUUAUGUCGAUUUCAUUCUUACAGAUGUAGGAUCUUAAUUGUUGCUGUGAAUUUUCCUGCACAGUAGGAAAUGCAAACUUGUACAGUAUUUGAGUUUUGAAAAAGGUUUCCCAAAGUUUGUAAGUUCCAAUUUGAAAUUUCUAACUUAAUUUGCCCUAAAGAAAAAUGUAUCAACUCCUACAAAAAUUAUCAUUAAUUAUAAACCACACAAUCAUUUCCCUUUCCUAUUGCUGCAUGAUUAUGUUCUUGUUGUAGCCAACUGGCUCAAAUUAAGAUCCUCCAUCUGUAGAUUACAUAUAACUUCUAUGGUUCGAUAUUUCUAAUGAUAUGUAUCUGUAUGUCUGUGGACAUACUGAAGUCAGAAGGAUACAACAGCUGCCAAAACAAAAGUCAGUUCAAAACUAAAAUCACUUAACAUGACUUUUAAAAACACCUGCUCUUUCCAUGACGUAGACUGCCCAGGUUAAAGCUAUGAUCCCUUAUUGUUGUCACUUGUUAAACGCACUUCAAUCAGUGUAAAUGAAGGGGAGGAGACAGGUUAAAGAAGGAUUUUUAAGCCUUGAGACAAUUGAGACAUGUGUGCCAUUCAGAAAGUGAAUGGGCAAGAUAAAAGAUUUAAGUGCCUUUGAACGGGGUAUGGUAGUAGGUGCCAGGCGCAUCGGUUUGAGUGUGUCAAGAACUGCAACACUGCUGAGUUUUUCACGCUCAACAGUUUCCCGUGACAAAAAUGGGCCAGCAUCCCAGUGGAACUCUUUUGACACCUUGUAGAGACAAAUUGAGGCUGUUCUGAGGUUAAAAGUUCGCUACAUUUUUCAGUUAUAGGUGAAACAGCUGGUGUAUGUGAUUCUGUAUGCUUUCUUUAUGAUAACUUUAUGAUAUUUUCAUAGUGAUAUUUGAUCACAUAGUCUACUGCUGAGGCUAGCCCUAAAUGCUAAAAAAAAAAAAAAAAGAAACUGAUUCAGUCGGACUUAAACUGUAAAAAUGUAAUUAUAGACUGAGACUAUUUUAUUCCUGGUCUGAUUUGCAGUAUAUUUCCUGGCAGUGAGUAAAAAUGCUUCAGCACUAAGAACACAGACUACUGAAUUAUUUACAGCUGAAUCAAUUUCUGGUUUAUGUUCUCUUCGCUUUUGUCAGUAUUCCUGAGACCCACCUUAUAUGUGAUUCUAAAAUCAUGUAUUUACGUGGUAGCAACAAAGGAAGAUAGUAUAUUAAAAUGUGAACAGCCUACACAUCGUUAUGUAUUACAGAUAUGAUAUUGACAUGUUGACAUGCAUUAGCUUUGCAAACAAGCACAAAUCUGCCGGGUAGAGAUAUUUAAGUACUUUUCUACAGUGUAACAAUCUUCACACCUGUAAAUGAACUGUACAUGGCAAUAUAAUGGCCAUCUAAGUAUGGUUUUAACACCCUUUAAUACACAGUGGGACCAUAAUGGUAAAGAGUACAGUACAUCACACUGAAAAAAGCGUGCUAAUGUGACAAAAUAGAUAAUGGCCACUACAACAGAAACUGUUGCUAAUAGCCUACUAUAGCCUUCUUGCCUCUGAGUGUCUGCUAUAGAAUUAAGGAUGUUAUUUGGAUUAAGGUUAACUCCUGCAUAAUUUAUCUCGAAACUCGCUGUCAAUAGCUGCAGUAUUGUACCUUUCCGUACUCUCUUGAUGUGAAUCACUCUUUGUGUUGAAUCUCCUAUCUUCUUUGUUCACAAUCUAUCGUUCAUGUUUUUAUACUUAUAUUUUGGUAACACUUUAUAUAAUAGUCAAUCUACAGAUGUUCAACAAACUAUCUGUAGACAAUCAGCAGCAUUUCAACAGCUUGUCUUUAGCCUACAGAUUGACUAUCUAAUCCAAACAGUGUUUCCUAUACUUUUUCUGUCCCUCUGCCGUGCUUUGGAUAUUGCGGUUAGCUCAUUUUGAUAUGGAACUCCUUUCAAAAACUAUAAAAUAUUGGAACAUUUCAGUAACAUUAAUAAAAAAAUAUGUAUGUUUGCUUGUAUUCAAUGUAUUGCCAGAGACUGUAAGGUAUUUGUGCUAUUCAUACUUGAGUCCAUCAUGGUUAACCUUGCAGUGGUCAUGCAGUAAUCCUUGUAAUUUAUAGUUUAAGAUAGAUGAGCAUCUAUUGUAAAAUGCAUUGAUGAACGAACAGUAAGCCAAGAUGUUUUACAAGAAGCCUGUCUCGGAUUAUUGAUAAAAACAACACAAAUCAAUAAAAUGAACAUGGUAGCAAA